UCAGAUCCCUGCACCAUGUCCACAGAAGCCCCAGCCAUGAUGGAGCCCACUGGGCAGGGUCCCAAGAACCCACGUGUGUCCAGUGUGAUGGUGCAGUUGGAGAUGAAGCCACUGUGGGAAGAAUUCAACCAGCUGGGCACAGAAAUGAUCGUCACCAAGGCGGGCAGGAGGAUGUUCCCCACCUUCCAGGUGAAGAUCUUGGGCAUGGACACACUGGCUGACUAUGCUCUGCUCAUGGACUUCAUCCCCCUGGAUGACAAGAGAUACAGGUAUGCCUUCCACAGUUCUGCCUGGCUGGUGGCAGGCAAGGCUGACCCCGCCACACCUGGCAGAGUACACUUCCAUCCUGACUCACCAGCCAAGGGUGCGCAGUGGAUGCGUCAGAUUGUGUCCUUUGACAAACUCAAGCUGACCAACAACCUGAUGGAUGACAACGGCCACAUCAUUCUCAACUCCAUGCACCGUUACCAGCCCCGUUUCCAUGUGGUCUUUGUGGAUCCACGCAAGGACAGUGCCCGCUAUGCACAGGAAAACUUCAAGUCAUUUGUCUUCACGGAGACCCAGUUCACAGCUGUGACAGCCUAUCAGAACCACCGGAUCACACAGCUGAAAAUUGCCAGCAACCCCUUCGCCAAAGGCUUCAGAGAGAGUGACCCAGACUCAUGGCCUGUUUCCCCAAGGCCACUGCUCAGCAUCCCAGCCCGCAGUCGUGGCAGCCUCAGUACCUGCCUGCUUAAAGGAUCUGCAGAACGAGAGAAAGAAGCCAGUAAAGCUUCAGCUUCCAACUCCAGGACCCCUACCCAGCCACACCAUCAGCUGCUGCCUGCCCCAGAGGUCCUGCUGGCCCCUGCCACCUACAGGCCCCUCCCUUACCAGGACCUGUACACUGGAGCCCCUGGCCAUGUUGGAAUCCCAAGGGCUCGGCUGGCACCAUACCCUCUCCCCAACAUUGGCACUGAUGGAGAUCAGGAAGACCCCACCCUCCGAGCUGGGCUCGGGCUCCUGCCUUCCUCUGCCUUGUGCUUGGGGUCUAGCCAAGACUCCCCCUGA